UAUCGGUAGGAGGUUGUGGCCAACUAGUUAUGGAGGAAGUUAGUGAAGUAAGUGAAAUCCCAGAUGAAAUCCCAGAUAUUAUUAAAGAUGACGAGAAAGUUCUUACUCCAUACACAUUUCCAGAAAUGGUAAUUGGGAACUUGAUGUGCACUGCCAUCGGGCAGAAUCAGAUUGGUCGCUUCUCCCUGGAGAAACUCGCUCCCAUUUCCCCAAACCCGACUUCUUGGUGUACAAACAUUCCAAAAGUGUUGGCCGCAUGUCAAAUAGAGCUACAGACAGAGCCUGAAAUUGAAUCAGUAUUAAUUACCAAAGAUGCCUUAUUAUGGACAAAUAUUUGCCUUCUGGAAGAAUCUUACAUCGCAUUCGCAAACUUUCCCCGCUUCGCGUCCCUUCUCGGACCUCAAAUCCAAAUCUUGAAACUUGACAAAUUUUUCGGUCAAAUUCCAGAGAUCUCAUUCAUUUCUUGCUGCGUGUCGCUAAAGUCACUAACAAUUAUUCAAAUGGAUGUGACACGAGGGCCGAGAAUGCUGCUGCCUUCCGAAUUUCCCAACUUUAGCAAGACUUUCGCCAAAGUGAGAUUCUUGUCGACGGAAAACAUUUAUUUUGAAAACCCAAGGCAGUUAGAAUUCUUCAAGAAUUUCCUCCAUAGGUUUCCCAAAUUAGAGCAGGUUUCCAUCCCACAUCCACACAGUGGUGGGUCAACAUCAACAGGAGGAGUCAAGAUGAGAAACCCUACGCAAUGGGAGACUAUGAAAACUUUGCAGUUCAAAUAUUUAAUCAAGCCAGUCAUUGACUAUCUAAAUGAACGCCACAACAACAUGAACCUUCCCGUUAAUCCGAUCAGAAGAACGGUCAAUGCUGCAGGCGUUUUUUCCACCGUGUUUCCAGAACUUGCCAAUGCGUGCGCAAAGAAUGGUGCGUUUUUAACCAACGUUAGGCAGAAACAGAUUGAAAAUCUUUUCCUCGCACAGGAUUCCACCCUUGGGAAAAUUUUAUACUUGACGGACGCCCUGAACGAUCGGAGACUCUUGGCGAGAUGGGUUAAUUUGGAGAAAAUCUGCUUAAAAACUUCAGUCUGUGAUAUAAGAUCGGAAACCAGGGAGGGAAAUAAAAUUCCGACAUUUCCCAUUCUGAAAUCGAUUCACUUAAUAUUCGACUCAGAUUCUAUGCUCGAUCCAGGAUUUCAAGCUUUGAAACGCCUGCUUCGUUUAAUGAUUUGCCAAACGCGAGCAAGUGUGAAAGAAUUGGUCGUUCAGUGGUCUCCGUUUGGAAAUGAUACUCCGCCCGAUAUAAUUAAUCCGAUGGAAAUUGUGAAACAUUUACCAAAUCUUGUGAAAUUUCACGCUAGCCAUUGGGAAGGUUGGGAUGAUGACUUACUUCAACUGUUGGGUGGUCUGAGGAAAUUACAGCAUCUGGCGAUUGAGGAUUGUCCACAAUUCACAGAACAUGGAAUUAUGGGCCAUGAUGCAAAUAAACCUGUAAUUUUGCAACUUUCAGAUUUGAGGCAUAUUGAGAUAAUAAAUAAGACUGGAUCAAGCUCAAUAACGGAUCACUGCUUCGAAAAAGCGUUUCAACACUUGAAACUGAAAACAUUUGUAUUUGACGUAUUUCCGAAUUUAGUAAAUGAGAACGUGACAAAAACAGGAUACAAAUGCUUAACUGGAGGAGAAUUUGCAAACUUUAUUGAAGUAUUUCCCCAACCAAGGCACCUUCCCGUGGACAUGCACAAAGACGAGUUUGACCAGUUGAGAAAAUCAUUUCGAAACUGGACGUUUUAAAAAUCAGUACCCAUUUCCAUCCAACUACUCGUCCGCCAUCUUCAGUCGACUCGCCCAAUUCCAGUUUGAAAGUUUCCUUUACCAGGGAUCAGCUACGGCUUCGGUUUACAACUCUGCUCAACUUUUACGUUUCGAAUUCUUACUUUGUCCCAACGUUUCAUUUCAUGCAGUUGGAGUCGAGUCGAAACUAAUUGUUAGUUUGCUUGAAAGUAAGUAAUUUAAAAAUAGGGUUGACCUCGAAAUGUUACUUUUUAUCAACAACUAAAUCAACAUACAUAUUUUCCUAUAAAAUUAUCUAACUGCUGCCCAGAUUUUAUUCAUGUCUCAUUAAUUACAACUAAUUAAGCAAGGAUUAAACCUCCACCAUGUCCAGGCACACAUUCACUUUUAUACGUGCAUACAUGCACUUUAAUAGCUCUUCAAACAGUGGGAAAAAGAACCAAGUGUCAGAGCAAAUGAUAAUUUAUUCAUCUCCGAUAUUUUAUUGACUAUCCUAAUUAGACGUUGCAUGAACUGCCAGUGAUGUAAACAAAAAAUGAGUUAACCAUAAUUUUGACCAGCUCAUGGAGGAGCAAGAUCAUUUUUAACUCUGCCAGGUUCUCACUUUUACUAACAAGACAGCAUCCUCAAUCCUCUCCAGAGAGCUGACCAAUUGCCUCAGGCUUAAUUCAAUCAAAUCAACGUGAACAGAGAGUCUCAGAUAAUUAAUACGGCCAACACCAUGGCGAGAGGCUCCAGCAGAGUGGAUUUUGAUUCGUCAACCAUUCAGCAACUAUUUACUUACCAAACACAAAUAAAUUAACUGGUCAGCAUCACUGAACUUUUGAGAUUUUCAAAUAUUGCAAAACAUCGCGUGUUAGCCCGAUUUUUUAAGAAAGUAAAACGAAACCACACAUCAUGAAUGAUUUCUGACAGUUUAUUUAGUAAAAAAAAAUGCUCAGUUUUAAUCUCACCACAACAAAAAUAAGGGAAUUGUGUGCAGGUGGACAAGUCUCAAGAAUUUGGUUGGUUCAGUUGCCUGGUUUAUUAGAUGUACUGGUAAAAUAAAUAUUGUUAUACAACAAAUGACGAUAAUCACAAGGUAGCAGAAACCAACUCCCGUCAUCUCAUCGCAUGUUUCUUGUUAGUUUAUGUAGUUGAUGCUGAUAGUAAUAACUGACUGUUGUGAUUUUCUUCUUUACUUUGCCUUUCUGUCCGCCUAGCUCAUCAUCUUUCUUCUCCUCGAAAAAAAUUCGGCUAAGUAAACCAAAUCAUUAUUCCAGUCAGUUUAUUUAAAAUGUGCAUUCAUGGGGCAUAUUUUGUAUGCUGGGGUUUGCCAAAUAUUUCGUAUUUAUGCUAUUACUUAGAUAUGUGUGCAUACCUUACGGUGGAAUGCUUGAGGUAACGUGAAAUGAAAUAAUGUUUUGAAAUGAGUUGAAGAUCAUCAAGAUUUAAAACAACUUGGCCACAUAAUAAUAAUUAUAAUUUGUGACAUUGCAUGACCACAAUAAUUUGUUGCAGAUAUGCUAAUAAACAACGUCAAAACAUGCAUACCAACGAGUUCUAAACACACAUUGCAUGGAAAGUAUUCAUAAUUUUAUCAAAUAUUAAUUAACAUUUAUAAAAUUCUUAAAUGUUGAAGCUAUCUGUUGUCGUUUCUUAAAAAAAUUAUCAGAUCCGCAUUCCGCAUCACAUAAAAAUAUAUUCAAGUAUGCACGUAAGAACAUGGAGAUAAGAUGAAGGAGAUAAAGUAAUGGCGAUGUGGUUUCCCAUAAAAUUCUUACUUGUUAAUUUACGACCGUGCAAACCGCCCGCAUUGUUUCUGUUCUGAGGAUGAUGAUUUUCAAGACUUUGAUUUGAUGUACAGAUGGAAGAAUGACCUUUCAUCAAGUGAGCUAAUAACUCUGGUGAUGCAUUGUGUAGACAAAGUCUUGAUGAGGAUGAGGAGUAGUUUUAGACCACUGAAUUAAAGAAUGUUGUACAUUUUGGGCAGGUGAGUUGGUUGGUGAGUAAGAAAUUUGUUUGCACAAGGGUUUACGAGGGAGGAGAGAGACCAAGUCAUAAUUAUAGGUUUAUCUCUUCUUGGGAAAUGUUAAUACUCACUUAAAUCAUAAAAUACAUCAUACCACAUAAAAAUUUAGUUAGUAGCGAUAAUGAAAAUUAAAUCAAAAACAUACAAAAACUUGAUUUUUGAAUUCAUAAAUGUCGAAAUAUUUGAUUUGAUUUCUGGUAAAAAUGCACCAUUUAUGAGUCAUAAAAAUGCACUUCCGUUCCUUGUUUGACAUUCAUUCUUACUUAUGAAUUAUUUGUUUAUCAUUAAAUUUGUAGCGUUAUUACGAGUAUCUUUCUCAGUUUUGUACGUACCCUUUUCGAUACCUCCCAUACAUAAUUUCGGUAAAUAUGUAUGUACGCAUCCACUGAAUGGCGUCUGCUUCCGAGACUAGAACAAAUAUUGAGAUUGGAGAUUCUCGAAAUACAACACGGGAGGAGGAGGAGAUGAGCCUUUAUUUUAUGUAUUUAUUUAAGGGCUAACCAAAAUCAUGGCCAACUAACUAUACCAAUUUAAGCGAGGUAUGAGAAAAGGGACCUUGUUUUCAUCCCUCUCUACUUGACUACCACAUAUCUCUCAUUCUGUUUAUGGGCUACUAUACUUAUCUUUAUUUCAUAUUUACUUUUCUGUCCCUCAUAGUUGAGAACCCAAAUCAUCGUCCAUCUGUGUUUGUGUGUAAAAUGUAUGAUAAGUACAAGUCCCUCCAAAUACGUAGCAGGCAGGCCCUCUGUGUCUGAACAUGAUGAGACUAGAAUUCAAACAUAGAGGAAAAGAAUUAGAAAAGUCAAUGCGUAAGAAGAAGAUUCAAUCUCCAAGUAAUGUGAGAGCUUGGAAAGAUUCCCUUUAGAGAUAUGUGUGUGAAGAAUAUCUGACUUUUUAAGCUUUUUUAAGAUCAAGUUUAAGAGUUGGACCAAGAUUUCAGAAUGAACCAUGAGAACGGUUGUCGAGACUGGAAAAGGGUGGAAUUGAAAUUGAAGAAGUUCUUUUGAAUUUAGAAAACACUUUCUCAUGAUACGAUACCAUUUCUUAGCGGUUUGUUGGUGGGUAAUAGAUUCCAUCCAUCCCUUUUAAAAUGCGUUAAAUAAAAGUAGUAGUGGGUAAAAACCAAGUGGUUAAUGCUCAGAGUAAUUGUACUACUGGUAAAUAUAGCUCAUUUCUGUAUAGCUUAUACAAAAUGAUUGGUCUUUCCUGAUAGCAUUCUGGGUAUGUCGUGUCAUGUUCCGUUUCUUUUUCGGCUCAUUGUUGCACCAAACCAAGUGUUAAAGACUCAUUCAGUCUAAUUACAAUUUUAAAUUGAAUUCAAUUAUUCAAACUGAUUUGGACUAUGCAGCAGAGAGACGACCAAGCUGUUGAAAGAGUGAUUGGCUUGACGGCGACAUAACAAGCAACGCGACAACAAUUUAAAUUCUUGUCCGCCCAAAGUCUCCCAAU